GGGCAAAUAAGUGAAAUGGGAUUUUUUUAGGGGUCUGAAAUUUUUAGGGGUAUUUUCAGGGAUUUUUUGACUCUUUAAUAUUUUUAAAUUGAUGAUUAUUUUAAUAUUUCUUUCUUGGCCUAGCGACUUAUAACGACAUAUAAUACGUUAUUCUACAACCACUCUGAGGUAAUUGGAGACAAUUUUCAUCGAAUAAAAAAAAUUGGUAAAUUUAUUCAUUGUCAACAUGUAUGAUUUCAAAAAAUCUGAAUCUUCAGAUAAAGACGUAGUAUUUUGUCUGUAUUAAAUAUAGACUUUUGAAACAUAUGACAGCAUAUUAUAUCUAAAUUAUUAUGAAUUUAUAUUUUUUAGGGGGACAACUCAAUAAUUAAGGCGAUUUUAGGGGUUUUUGACACCAACUUUAGGGAUAAAUAUUUUGGAGAGUUGGUAACACUGCUGUGAAAUGUGAAUUGAAUUACAAACAAAACAAAUACAGAAACAGAAAGAAGACAGAAGGAAAAAUUUAAGAAAAUUAGAAUAUUGAUCAAGAUCUUAAAAAAGGGCUAAUAAUUUUAAAAUAGAUCUGAUCUAAUCAAUAAAAUUAUCACCAAUUGUUGUAGAUAACAAGCUAUUUUCUUGGAAUUCAUCAUCAAGAUCAUGUUCUCUGCUGUCCAAAAAAAUAGUUAUUUCUUUCGUCGUAUUGCUUUCGUCCCUGCCUAUAAACCACCAGGUCAAGAUGAUUUUCAAAAACUACGUGAUUUUCUUCGAAAACACGAUAAAUACCUUAUAUUAACAGGUGCUGGAAUAUCUACUGAAUCAGGUAUUCCUGACUACAGAUCUGAAGAAGUUGGUUUAUACGCCCGCAGUAAUCACAAGCCGAUUCAAUACCAAGAAUUUGUAAAGUACCCAAAAGUAAGGCAAAGGUAUUGGGCGAGGAAUUUUGUAGGCUGGCCAAGGUUUAGUUCCAUAAAACCAAAUGCUACACAUUAUGCUAUUAGAGAGUUGGAAAAGAUUGGAAAGGUAACUGCUGUGGUAACACAAAAUGUAGACAGACUUCAUCAUAGAGCAGGUUCAGAAAAUGUAAUUGAACUUCAUGGAAGUGGAUAUGUUGUAAAAUGUCUCAAUUGUCCUUAUGAAAUAGACAGGUUUGAGCUACAAGAAAUAUUGCUAAAGAUGAACCCUAGUAUGCAGGCUAGUAUCAAUAUGAUACGACCUGAUGGGGAUGUAGAGCUAUCUAAGGACCAGGUAGAGCAAUUUAAAACACCAUUAUGUCCAGUAUGUGAAGGACCCUUGAAACCAGAUAUUAUAUUCUUUGGUGAUAAUGUACCUAAAGAAAGAGUGGAAAAAGUGAGAAAUCAAGUUUCAGCCAGUGAUGCUGUGUUUGUACUAGGAUCUAGUUUGACUGUAUAUUCGAGUUAUAGAAUAAUUUUGCAAGCCAAAGAAGAAAAUAAACAAAUAGCUGUCUUAAACAUUGGACCAACAAGAGCUGAUGAUAUUGUUGAUUUAAAAAUUUCUACAAAAUGUGGAGACAUUUUAACUGACUUGACCAAUUCUAUAUGCACUUGAUAAAUUAAUAAGAAUUUUAUUAUGAUGUUUGUAAUAUUAUUUUAGUCAAGAUUAAAAUACCUCAUUAAAAUAUUAUAUAGAUAGUAUAAUGGUUGUAAAUAAAUAAUAAAUUGUU